AUGAGUAUGAUAUUUCUUAUUGUGCAACUUCCUACUUCAUGGGGAGUUAGUUUUGUAAUGAAAAGAUAUGGACUGAGAUGGUGUAUGAUCAUAUUUGGUGUCUUGACAUUUAUUGGAAUGUGGAUUCGUUGUUUUGGAUAUAAGAAAGGAAGCGAAACUUAUCUGUGGAUUGCAUUUUGUGGACAAACCUUAAUUGCCAUUGGACAACCUUUCGUCCACAGUAUUUCUGGUCUAUUGAGUGUAAACUGGUUUGGCGAUAAGGAAAGAACCCUCGUUCAAGUAGUAACUCUCCUAAUGGGACUUAUCGGAGGCGGAGUUUCAUUUGCAAUCGGACCUAGCUUAAUUACAAUGGGACAAACUGCAAUGCGAGGCUCUGAAAUCGGAAUGAUCAUUUAUUUAGUCCUCCAAGCUGUGAUUGCAAGUGCAUGUCUUGUAUUAAUUGUAAUUUUCGUUAAGGAUAAGCCACCAACUCCACCAGUGAUAAUUAAGGAAAAUCAAACAAUUGAUUCUACUGAAGAAAAAGAUGAAGAACCAACAGAAGGAACCAAUCUGACCAUUAAUUCAGAAAGUAAUGAAGGACAAUUCAAUGCCAUUGAAAGUGGGCAUCAUGGGGAAAAGCCAUUUUCAAAUAGCAAUGCAAAGGAUAUCUAUCCACAACAAACCAUUUGGCAAGGUGCUAAAAAAUUACUGACUUCACCUCAUUUCAUCAUGUUGACCAUUGGAUCAUCGUGUCUCAAUUCAGUCUUUCAAACUUUGGCUAUUCUUGAACAAUUGAUCACACCGAAAGGAUAUACUACUUUCGAUAAUGCAAAUAUCGGUCUUGUUCAUUUAGUUUUCGUCUUGAUUGGAUGUUUCGGAUUGAGUAUUCUAUUUGACAAGACCAAAAGGUUUAAAUUGAUUUCAUGCAUAAGCAGUUUCACAGCAUGUAUUGGAUUUGCUUGUUUUUCAGUUAUCAUGCAAUGGGAAAAGACUGAUUUCACACUGGCUAUGGUUUACCUGUCAUUUGUCGUGAUUGGAGUUUCGGCCAUUCCAAGUUUACCUUUAAUUUCUCAAAUGCUUGUUUAUUCUACGUAUCCUGUCCACCCAGCAACUUCCUUAGUAAUUUCCAGUGCAAUUGGUACCAUUUGGAGUGUUAUCUUUCUCGUGAUUGUAAACGUCUUACAGAGCGAGGUCACAAAUUCAUCAAAUAUCAUUUUAUGGAUGGAUUUGUCAUUGUUAAUCAUUGGAUUCGUAAUGGUUUUAUUAUUCAGAGGAAAAUUCGAUAAUGUUCUCGUUAAUAAAAAGUGA